AUUAUGGCAAAAUAGAAAUCGUGACAUAAAGUGGCAUUAGCCAUUUUCUUAUUCCCCAUUCCUCGAAUCUCAGGCAAAAUAUGGAUGAAUCGACGGAAGAUAAAACGAACGUCUCACCGCCACCGCAACCACCAUACCCGGCUGACAUCGAUUUUUUAGAAAAAGUGAAACUCUUCGGCGGUGAUUCACCCAAAGAAUGGGUUGAUAACGCCAUCGGACACACACUGAUCGCACCACGAAUCAUACUCGGAGCCCUGGAAUCCGCAAUUUCUGCAACUACAUUCCGCCUUCGUCAAAUUAAGUCGACUUCCACUGCUCAUCUUAUUACCACAUUCGAUUCCCUGCAAGAUUUGAAAACAGAGUUUAAUGUUUUUGAGGAUAUUAUGCUUCAAAAGAUGAAAGAGAGCUUUUGCUUUGCUGUUGCACAUCCAUUUGCUACAAGUGGAGUUGUUUUUGCUUCGGGGUUUCUAUCUGCUAAAAGAACAAGGCGUGGUUUAUACUACAAUACCUUGCGUCUUUUUCUAAGUGAAGAGGCGAUGCUUUCUAGAGCAACUGCUAAAGCUCAGAAGUUACGUGACUCUGUUAGAGAGAUUACAGCAGAAGGGCAAAAACUGGAGCAAUUUACAUUGCGUGCAGAAUCAGAGUUGAAAAGGGGAAGAAAAAAACUUAGACAAACCGGAAAGCAGAUCCAGGGGGUCAUUAGUUCAACUUAUAAGAUCGAAAGACAAUCAGGCGGGUUGAAAGAUAUACUCAAGGAGCUUCUAAAAAGGGACGCAUCACAAUUUCGAUCAGAAGUGUCGGAAUUGGCUUUUGAAGCCAUGAGAGAAAGGAGGGUACUUAACAGAGAGGUUAGAAAGAUAUCUAAUUAUGGGAUCCCUAUUUAAAUAACGGUGUAUUUCCAUUUAUUUGUUUAUUAUAGCGUCUUACUUUCAUUUCUUUUUAUUAUAGCAUUUUACUUUUCAAAAAAAAAAAAAAAUUACCCAUUUGAAGAAUAU